GCGCACGUCUGACGUCUGACGCACCGGGGAUAAAAGAGGGAGCUUUCCUGGUGCAGUGUUUAAGAGUCAUAGGCGCGAAAGGGCGUGUCAGAGUCUGUGCAGUGGGCCUGGAGAAACGGGGAAACCUUGCAGAGCGCUUCAGAGCGGUUUCCCGCUGCUUUUCCGCUGCUGAGGAGUGGUGAGCUACCUAGGGCUAUAAGAGCUUCGACGUCGCUUUCUCUGCAUCCACGGCCUGGCACACACUCACUGUUGCUCUACGCCACGGCCUCUCGACUCCGCCGCCAUGACACUGCACCACAACGGCGGCUCCUCGACCUGCGUCGUCGCGCCCGUCGAACUCUCGCCGUACCCCCAGAAACCGGACACCGCGAAGACCCCCAGCCUCAGAAUCGACCAGACGAGCCGCGAUGCCGACCCAGUCGAAACCCUGCCCUCGCCCACCACCCAGCCCGCCGCCAAACUUGAGCGCUGGAACGAGUCUCCCACGAACCUGUGCCGCACGGCCGCCGCGUUCUGGAGCUUCGUCGUCAUGGGCAGCAACGACGCCGCCUACGGCGCGCUGAUCCCCUACCUGCAAGAAUACUACAGCCUCAGCUUCAUCGUCAUCUCGCUCGUCUUCCUCUCCCCGCUGGUCGGCUACACCGCCUCCGCGCUGCUCAACAACACGAUCCACCUGCGCUGGGGCCAGCGCGGCGUCGGGCUCCUCGCGCCGACGUGCCACCUCGUCCCGUACAUCGUCAUCGCCCUCCAUCCCCCCUACCCCGUGCUGGUGGUCAUCUUCAUGCUGGCGGGCUUCGGCAACGGGCUCGCCGACGCCGCGUGGAACGCCUGGAUGGGCGCCAUGGCGAACCCCAACGAGGUGCUCGGGUUCCUGCACGCGUUCUACGGCGUCGGCGCCGUGCUGGCCCCGCUCAUCGCCACCACCAUGAUCACCCGCGCCCACCUGCCCUGGUUCGCGUUCUACUACGUGAUGAUCGGCAUGGCGGUGCUGGAGCUGGGCAGCAGCGGCGCGGCGUUCUGGCGCGCCGACGCGCGGGCGUUUCGCGAUGCGAAUCCGCGCACGGGUGAGGGCAAGGAUAAUCGCAUGAAGGAGGCGGUCAUGCGGCUGCCGUAUGCGCGCGUGACGUGGUGCUGCGCGCUGUUUUUCCUGGGGUACGUGGGCGUCGAGGUCGCGCUGGGGGGCUGGAUAGUCAAGUUCAUGCUGGAGGUGCGGGAAGGGGGCGCUUUUGCGAGCGGGAUGACGGCGACGGGGUUCUGGAUGGGGAUCACGGUGGGGCGGGUGGUGCUGGGGUUUGUGACGCCGCGGAUUGGCGAGAAGCUGGCGAUUGCGAUCUACCUCCCCCUCACCAUGGCCCUGGAGCUCGUCUUCUGGCUCGUCCCGCAGUUCUACGUCUCGGCCGUCGCCGUCGCCCUGCAAGGCUUCUUCCUGGGCCCUCUGUUCCCUGCCGCCGUGGUGGCCGCCACCAAGCUGCUGCCACGGCACCUGCAUGUCAGCGCGAUCGGCUUCGCGGCGGCGAUUGGCGGGUCCGGGGCUGCCAUCUUCCCGUUCGCGGUCGGUGCGAUUGCGCAGGCCAAGGGCGUGCAGGUGCUGCAGCCGGUGAUUCUGGCGCUGCUGGGCUGCAUUCUGGGGAUCUGGCUGUGUUUGCCGCGGUUUCAUAAGAAGCAGGAGUAGGGAUUUGAAGGAGUGGUCGUGGAGUGGUCGUGGAGUGAACGUGGAGUGGACGUGGAGUGGACGUGGAGUGGACGUGG